CCCUCUCUCUCUCCCUCUCAGUAUAUGAUUGUAUGUUUUUGAACUUUGAAGUGGAACUUCAAUUUGCACAGUAUUCUUGUGGUUGUUUUAGUUAGUGGGUUUUAAUCGUUGUACAAAUUGAUGAAGAUGGUUGGUUUGUUUGUGUUGUUUUUGUGCAUAAAAUGCAAUCGAGCCACAAAUGCAAUCGAGAAUGUGGUGAUAAUUGGGUCAUGUCCCACUGGAGUUACAACAGCAAGUUACGCAGCUCAAGCCAAUUUGAAGCCUCUGGAGUUCGAAGGGUAUCGAUCGGGUCCAGUCCAGGGGCAGUUGAUGAUCACUACUGAAGUUGAAAACUUUCCAGGAUUCCCAAAUGGAAUUACUGGUCCAGAUUUAAUGGACAGCUUUCUUAUUGGGAGCCGUAAUGCAAGGUUCAACUAAGGAUUUCAAGUUUCAAGGGUAAAAGGCCUUCAAUGGAGGAUUAUAUUGAGGCAAAUAUAUGACGUUGAUGGCCAGAUGGUUGCAUUUGGU